AUGGAUAGAAAGACACUUAAGUUGAAAGGCGAUCUUGAAUGUCAUGUAAACGAUAGGAGGAAUUUGAUGGAAAUGAAGUCAGCAGAUGAAGAACAGGAAAAGGAAGGGAAACGAUUCCUGAGAAUAGUGGAUGAGGAAGUCAGAAAAUUAGAGGAUCUAAUAAACAACGCAGAAUCAGAUAUGGAAACGUUUAGACCACAGAUGAAUGAAGAGAUACAAGGAAAGAUCUUAGCUGCCCUGGGAAAAGCCCGCCUCCUCAUUACUCAGAAGGUUGAACAGUUUCGAGGUCUAUGUCAACAAAAUAUUGAUGGGCCAAAAGGUGAAGAACCCACCAUAAUGGCUGCAGACCUAGCUGGCUUUUGGGACAUGGUAUCAAUUCAGGUCGAUAAUGUACACCACCUUUUCAAAGAGGUCAGUGAUCUGAAAACUAAUGGAUGGAAACAGGACCAAAAUGCAGAGACCACUGAUAAUGUCACCAUAGGCCCAGUGAAGAGGAAACCAGCAAAGGUUGUGAAAAAAGCUAUGAAGACUUGUCCUGAGGAACAAAAGCCACGAGACGAGGCCCGCAAGAAACUGUUGGAUGAGAGACGCAGGGCAAUGAAGGAGGCAUUGAAAGCUAAACAAACACUACUUGAUACAAAUGGCGUAGUAAAUGAUGUGGAAAUUAUGGUGGCAGAAAACAAAACCACCCAUUUGCCGAAUUUAACAGGUGGAAAGGAGGACAAAAUAACAAAGAGCAAUGAAGGUGGUGAAGUUAAUGACAAAAUCAAGGAAGUGGAAAAACAAAGCGAAGGCCACCAAUUCUUAAAAAUAGUUGAAAACAAGGUUUCUGUAUUACAAGACCUGAUAAACAAUGCCGAAUCUGACCUGGAAGCCUUCACACCACAGAUGAGUGAGGAGGUACAAGGAAAGGUCCUCGCAGCAACAGGAAAGGCGCGCCUCCUUAUCUCACAGAAGAUAGAGCAGUUCAGAGGCCUAUGUCAACAAAAUAUUGAUGGGCCCAAACGUGAAGAACCUGCUAUACUAGCUGAAGAUCUGGCUGGAUUUUGGGACAUGGUGUCCAUCCAGGUGGAUAAUGUUCACCAGCUUUUCAAAGAAGUUAGUGUUCUUAAAGCUAAUGGAUGGAAAGAGAACCCAAAUACACAGAACACUAAUAAUGUCACCAAAGGCCCUGCAAGGAGGGAACCAGUAAAAGUUAUGAAAAAAGUAACGAAGAAUUGCUCCGAGGAACAAAAGGCACGAGACAAGGCCCGCAGGAAACUAUUGGAGGAUAGACGUAGAGCAAUGAAAGAGGCAUUGAAAGCUAAACCAGCUAAGCCUGAUGCAAAUGGCAUAGUAGAUGAUGUGGAAAUUAUGUUGGCAGAACAAAACAUUGCCCAUUUGCAGAAUUUAGGCAGGGUGAAGAUAAGGAGAAAAGGGGGGACAAAGGAGAGAGGUGACCCAGUUUUAGAAAAGGACAAAGGGAGAUGA